AUGAGCAUCAAGCUAGAAAUCCAGCCGCAGAACUUUGAGCCAGGGGCGCCAGAAUGCCACUAUCGCAGGUAUCACUUACGCCACUUGCACCUGCACGACCCCGAGGCACUGCCAGAUCUUCCCUUUGACGACCCCCUGCAAGACGCCCGCCAUGAGUUCAGCGCCGCCAUCAUAGACCAGGAGAAGCUCCUCUGA